UAUGGUCACUAUCUGCAAUGCUCUUCUAAUUCCCUUAAGCGGUAUCCAUCUCUUGGCGAGACUCUGGCGCACAAUAUCGUUCUCAGACGUCAAAAUGUUUCAUUAAAACGUCUCAGCGAUAUUUGGAAUUUGACGGCGGUUCAAAAGGUACUGCUUUCAGGCUGUGGUACCGUUGUUGAUGACAGUAUCGUGGAUGAGCAAGAAAUAAAUGAGCAUAACCAUCGAUCCUUCUCAGUGCCGCGAUGCACAUCAUCUAUUCCAGUGAGCACACACCUCCCAUCAGCACCUCCAUUACCGCCUUUGCCACCAGCAGACUACAAUGUUGGGGAACUCUUCCGGGUCCUCAAUGAUAUGGGGUUGGUUGCAAGGUGGACAAAGUAUGUCAAUGACCCGGAUAUCCUCACCACCGGUGAUGUCUUGCCCUCCAACACCUAUCGACUGGCCACAUGGAACCUGGAUCGUUUCACCUUGGCAAAGGCCAAACACUCCGGAUUUCGAGAAGCCAUUUGUUUGACCAUUCUUUCCAAUCAAUUUGAUCUCGUCGCCUUUCAGGAAGUCGUUGAACCAGAUGCCGUUCAGUUGUUGGUGGACGAGUUGAAUACGCCUGUGCUGCCUAUGGUAAAGCGAUGGAUUUCAGCGAAUCAAACCAAAUAUGGCUCCUACACAGCGUUUUCAUCAAGUGACAAAACAGGACGAACAUUUCAGGCUGUGGAGUAUUCUUCAAUUCUUUAUCGUUCCGAUCGUUUACAAGCUAUCUCCUCGCGUCUUCUCCCUGCCAAUGGAAGAUUCUCUCGCAUGCCUUUUAUGAGCAAGUUUAAGCUGAGAUCAAGCAUCCUUAUGCUCACCUCAGUUCAUCUUCGAGCUCCGGGCUUGGAUGACACGCACUUAGCGAAGAAUGCCGAGGAGGUCGCCUCUCUUGCUGACUUUGUCGACGCGAUGAAAGACACUCUUUCGGACAAAAUCUACUAUGUCAUAUUGGGCGAUUUUAACAUGGAUCCUGGCAACAAGGGGGGAAAAAGACGAGUAUCCCUUCAUUGGUGGUCUCUCCGUCACUUUGUGUAA